CCAUCUUGGACCUUGGGUUCUCUCUCUGAAGCUUUCAUAUAUACACUCGAUCGCCGUGAAUGGCUUCGAAAAAUGCAGGAUUGAGCAUUAGUAUCAAGAAAGUCACCUAGGGCAAGAAGCGCGCACCCAUCCUGCUGCUACUCCACCUGCGCAAAAGCUCUGACUACUUUUGACAAUGUCAAUACUCCACGAGGAGACAGUCCUCCUUCUUGAUAAUUGUCUGCUCGGCGUGGGAGUCAUAAUGAUCGCACUUCUCGCUGGUGCUGUGUUGCAAGGGCAAGGUGUAUCUCGCAAAGACGUUGCGCUCUCUCACACGAUCAUUUCGGAGUUCAUUGACAGACAUCCCCAUAAGCGUGUCCAAGAAGACAGGAUGGGAAUUAAUGAUGAGAACCCUAAGAACUACCCACGUUGGAAUGGUCAUAUGGGGCCUCUAGGAGUCACUAAACGCAUUCAACAGCAUAAAGGCAAGGAAAACUUGACGUCUGCAUCAUCUGUGAUUAAGCCCCUUUAG